AUGCCCACCCGCCUUCCCCUUGAGCAAGCCCUGGGCCACCGCUCUUUGCUUGCUUGCUUGCUUGCUCGCUCGCUCGCCUGCCCACCGCGGAAUGCGUGCAUGAUCUCCCGGAACAGACCACCACCAGCCCAGCCCAGGCAUACACACUACUGGCGCGUGGGAUUGGCAGGGGGAUCAAUACCUGGACCGCAUCGUGACCCAUCAUCAGCGGGAACACGCUUGCAUCCAUCCAUCAGUCUGCCUCCCUGGUGCCAUCCGAGCGAUCCUCUCGGCGUUUCAUUGUCACGAACCGACAUGCCAACACCCUCCUCACUACUCUCCCUGGCCGCCGCACCUUCUGCGCCUCGGGCUCGUCUCAUACUGGCUUGCUGGAGCCUUGUUGCCUGCCUCUCCCCCAAGCACCACAAUCUUCUCCAUCAUCACCUUGUCACAAGCGAUGCCGCCUAG